AUGAGUACCUCAGGGUACCGCAGAGAGAUGAAGAGAAACGAGGAGGUGGACGAAGACGAGCUGUUGGCCUCUCUGUCUCAUGAGGAGCUGCAGGAGCUGGAGAGAGAGCUGGCUGUGCUCGAUGACAACAUCCCAAUCGGCCUAAGGCAGAAAGACCAGACCACCAAAACACCAACAGGGACCUUUGACCGAGACGCUCUGCUGAAAUACUGGGAGGAAGAAAACAAGACUCUGCUAAAGGACGACAGCAUCGAGUCUGCAGGGCAGGAGGGACGUCCAGAUAAGAUCAUCGAGGAACGGGUGAAAGUUUCCACUAGCAUCAAGAGUAAGACUCUUGACAGUGACAGGAAGAAGAUUUCCAAGGGGAAGAAGACGCAGGAUGUCUUUAGCACCAAUGAUGCAAAGGAAGACGAAAAGAAAGAUGAGUGUAAAAAAGAAGCUCCAAUCAGGAGUAAAUGUCCCCCGAGGAAUAGUCUGUCAAAAGCCUCUCAGAACGAAUCGAAGAGGACUGAAACCACAAACCAAAGCCCGAACUCAGAUUCUGACAGACUGAGCGGGAACCCGACAAUCAUUGACAAAACUCUGGAGCAGAUCCUGUGUGAUGAUCCCACAGUGAAGGAAGUCAACCUCAACAACAUCGAAGACAUCUCCCAGGAAACCUUGCUUCGUUUUGCAGAAGCCCUCUGCACAAACACAAACGUCCUCGUCUUCAGCCUCGCCAACACCCAUGCAGACGACCGGGUUGCCUUUGCGAUCUCCAAGAUGCUCAGAGAGAACGGAUGCAUCAAAAACCUGAACAUUGAGUCCAACUUUGUGACUGGUCAGGGCAUCCUGGCUCUGCUGGCGGCGCUACAGAACAACAGGACACUGGUGGAGCUUCGCUUCCACAACCAAAGGCACAUCUGUGGCGGGAAGGUGGAGAUGGAGAUGGUGCAGCUGCUGAGAGAAAACACCACUCUGCUCAAGCUUGGGUACCAGUUUGAUCUUCCUGGCCCAAGGAUGACGGCAACAAGUAUCCUGACACGCAACCAGGACCAACAGCGACAGAAGAGGCUGCAACAGAAGAAGGACCAGAGUCCUCCAGAGGUGACAGGACAAGGACCGGGAUCAUCAGCAGAAAACAAAACCCCAAAGAAGCCUUUACAGUUUUCUAAUAAGGUUGAAAAUCAGAACAAAAAUCCUCCAUCCACAGACCCUCCCACAAGAAAGAUUGCUGAAAUGGUCAAACAACAUGAAGUCUCCAACAUCGCAAAGAGUCAGUCAAACUUAAAGAAAACAAAGUCAAAGAGGCUCAAGAAUGGCGCAAAUGAAAAGGAGAGUGCUGAUAUUCUCAAAGACCUGAAGAACUCAUUGAAGCCAUCGAUCCAGAAGAGACGAGAUGAGCCAUCACGCCUGCCACCACCACAGAGAUCAAGCCGGGACGACCUGAUGGCAGCAAUCCGUGGGAGCAGCAUCAUGUCCUUAAAAAGGGUGGAUCCAACCCUGGCCUGA